AAACACCACAGAUCACAGAGGUGAUCUGUGGGAAACACACAUAACCUACAACAUUGGAAAAAUAAAUAAUAACAAUGUGGGACGACCAAAGCAAUGUAAAGGUAAAUAAUACGGAAAAAUUCGCGAAAAUAUGCCGAACCUGCUUAUCGGACGAAUUUCUGAGCCCGAUAUCCGAAAGCAGCCUCCCGAAUGGGGUUUUGGUUUCACAAGUUCUUAGCAAAUUCAUCGUCACCGAGGAUUUGCACAACGAGCAAUUGCCCCAGAAAAUAUGCACAAUCUGUAUUGAUCAGUUGAACCUAUACGUGAACUUUCAAGUAACCUGUGAGCAAAACGAACUGCUUUUCAAGUCCCUGUUGCAAGGCCGCAUCACUAAAACUGAGACUGAUCAAGACUCGUCUAUAGAGGAUGUCAUCAAGACUGUGCCAUUAUCUACCCCGAAAAAAACUCCGCGUAAAGCCAAGCGCACACCCUUCAAACCUUUAUACAAAGCAAUUGAGGACGACUUGAAAGAAUCAAACACCGGCGAAGAGAAAAGUUACAAAUGCAAGCAAUGUGACAAAACGUUUCGGUUCAAAUACCAGCUGGUGAUGCAUGUGAGGGUCCAUACGAAAGACAAACCGUUCAAAUGCGAUAAAUGCCACCUGCGUUUUAGCCUGAAAGGGAAUUUGCGUAGGCACAAAAUGAUUCAUUCAGGAGAAAGGCCGCACAAAUGCACAAAAUGUGAAAAAGGCUUCAUCCAAGCCAUCUCCCUGCAACUCCAUACCAACAAACACCACAAAGAAAGCGCAAGUUCUGGCUUUAGCUGCCAGAUUUGCGGGCGACUGUUUGUGCGAUUAAAGCCAUAUCAGCGGCAUGUUAUUAAACUGCACGGCAAUAAAACCGAGUCUUCUAGCAUGGAAACUCCAAAGCUGGAAUUCAAAUGCCCGCUAUGUGAACGGGAAUUUUCCAAGUUGAUUUUACUGAAAAAGCACGAAGCGAAGCAUGGGGAGAAGACUUUUCUUUGCAGCGAUUGCGGCAGGGGAUUUGUAAGGAAGGCAGACUUGCAAUCCCACGUUAAGAUUCACACCGGAGAAAAGCCCCAUCAGUGCAAAAUCUGCAACAAAUCCUUUGCCCAUGCCGGGACUUUGGUCAACCAUAGUUUGAUGCACUCGGGUUUUAAACUCUUUCACUGUGAUACAUGCUCGAAAUCCUUUAGCCAGUCGUCUCAUCUUAAAGUCCAUCAGAGGGUACAUAGUGGAGAACGGCCCUAUUCUUGUACGUAUUGUGGCAAACCGUUCGCUCAGAAGUCCAAUUUAACUGUACAUGUCAGAACGCACACUGGUGAGACCCCGUAUGUCUGUACAGUAUGUGGCAAGGGUUUUUAUGACUCCAAUAGCAUGAAAAAGCACCAAAGUAUCCACUUUCGUUCAUCACGCGCCAGUGUUAAAGAUGAGGCCCCACAAUAUCCAGAAAAUGCCCCGGAGUAGAGAUUAACUCGCGGUAUUAGCAGGCGUAAAUCUUGAGUUUGCCUGAAUUAUUUUAACCGACUGACCUAGAUUUAUUUUUUUGUACAAAUAGACCAUUAAAUUAG